GGGAGCAGUUAGUGAGCCGCACCGCAAACAAGAGCUCACACACACACACGCGCGCGCACAGUCGCGCGCGCACCCACUGGGUCUCCAGGCGGCGGCCGUGGCCGCAUCCGCGGCAGCAGCUCCAGGCAAAGUGACAGAGGACAGCGCUGUGAUUUGACUAAGUGGACGUCACCUUCAGUCAGUCCCCAGCCAUCUGGUCUUAAAUAUAAUCAUGGCCAAACCUUAUGAAUUUAAUUGGCAGAAGGAAGUUCCUUCGUUUUUGCAAGAAGGAGCAGUUUUUGACAGAUAUGAAGAGGAAUCCUUUGUGUUUGAACCCAACUGCCUCUUCAAAGUGGAUGAAUUUGGCUUCUUUCUGACCUGGAGAAGUGAAGGCAAGGAAGGGCAAGUUCUAGAAUGUUCUCUCAUCAACAGUGUUCGACUGGGAGCCACACCAAAGGAUCCCAAAAUUUUGGCUGCUCUUGAAGCUAUUGGAAAAUCAGAAAAUGACCUGGAAGGGCGGGUAGUUUGUGUCUGCAGUGGUACAGAUCUGGUGAACAUCAGUUUCACAUACAUGGUGGCUGAAAAUUCAGAAGUAACUAAGCAAUGGGUCGAAGGCCUGAGAUCCAUCAUACACAACUUCAGGGCCAACAAUGUCAGUCCCAUGACAUGCCUCAAGAAACACUGGAUGAAAUUGGCAUUUAUGACCAACACAAAUGGGAAAAUUCCAGUUAGGAGUAUUACCAGAACCUUUGCAUCGGGGAAAACAGAAAAGGUGAUCUUUCAAGCACUCAAGGAGCUAGGUCUUCCCAGUGGAAAGAAUGAUGAAAUUGAACCUGCAGCAUUUACUUAUGAAAAGUUCUAUGAACUGACACAAAAGAUUUGUCCUCGGACAGAUAUAGAGGAUCUUUUUAAAAAAAUCAAUGGAGACAAAACUGAUUAUUUAACGGUAGACCAAUUAGUGAGCUUUCUAAAUGAACAUCAACGAGAUCCUCGAUUGAAUGAAAUUUUAUUCCCGUUUUAUGAUGCUAAAAGGGCAAUGCAGAUCAUUGAGAUGUAUGAGCCUGAUGAAGACUUGAAGAAAAAAGGCCAAAUAUCAAGUGAUGGGUUUUGCAGAUACCUGAUGUCAGAUGAAAAUGCCCCAGUCUUCCUAGAUCGCCUAGAGCUUUACCAAGAAAUGGACCACCCUCUGGCUCACUACUUCAUCAGCUCUUCCCACAACACCUAUCUCACUGGAAGACAGUUUGGUGGGAAGUCUUCAGUAGAAAUGUACAGACAGGUCCUCCUGGCUGGUUGCAGAUGUGUUGAACUUGACUGUUGGGAUGGAAAAGGUGAGGACCAAGAACCAAUAAUAACUCAUGGAAAAGCAAUGUGCACAGAUAUCCUUUUUAAGGAUGUUAUUCAAGCCAUCAAGGAAACUGCAUUUGUCACAUCUGAAUAUCCUGUAAUUCUCUCCUUUGAAAAUCACUGCAGCAAAUAUCAACAGUACAAGAUGUCCAAAUAUUGCGAAGAUCUAUUUGGAGAUCUCCUGUUGAAACAAGCACUUGAAUCACAUCCACUGGAACCAGGCAGGCCCUUGCCAUCCCCAAAUGACCUCAAAAGAAAAAUACUCAUCAAAAAUAAACGGCUGAAACCUGAGGUUGAAAAAAAACAGCUUGAAGCUUUGAAAAGUAUGAUGGAAGCAGGAGAAUCCGCUGCCCCAGUGAACAUCUUAGAGGAUGACAAUGAAGAGGAAAUAGAAAGUGCUGAGCAAGAGGAGGAAGCUCACCCUGAAUACAAAUAUGGAAAUGAACUUUCUGCAGACGACUUGGGUCACAAGGAAGCUAUUGCCAAUAGUGUUAAGAAGGCUUCAGAUGACCUUGAACAUGAAAACAACAAAAAGGGCCUGGUUACUAUAGAAGAUGAGCAGGCAUGGAUGGCAUCUUAUAAAUAUGUAGGUGCUACCACUAAUAUCCAUCCAUAUUUGUCCACAAUGAUCAACUAUGCACAGCCCGUAAAGUUUCAAGGUUUCCAUGUGGCUGAAGGUAACACCAAAGAACGCAAUAUUCAUUAUAACAUGUCUUCUUUUAAUGAGUCAGUUGGUCUAGGCUACUUGAAGACACAUGCGAUUGAAUUUGUGAAUUAUAACAAACGGCAAAUGAGUCGCAUUUACCCCAAGGGAGGCCGAGUCGAUUCCAGUAAUUACAUGCCUCAGAUUUUCUGGAACGCUGGCUGCCAGAUGGUUUCGCUGAACUAUCAAACCCCAGAUUUAGCGAUGCAAUUGAACCAGGGAAAAUUUGAGUAUAAUGGAUCGUGCGGGUACCUUCUCAAACCAGAUUUCAUGAGACGGCCUGAUCGAACAUUUGAUCCCUUCUCUGAAACGCCUGUUGAUGGGGUUAUUGCAGCCACUUGCUCAGUGCAGGUCAUAUCAGGUCAGUUCUUAUCAGAUAAAAAAAUUGGCACAUACGUAGAAGUGGAUAUGUAUGGGUUGCCCACCGACACUAUCCGGAAGGAAUUCCGAACACGCAUGGUGAUGAACAAUGGACUCAAUCCAGUUUACAAUGAAGAAUCAUUUGUAUUUCGGAAGGUGAUCCUCCCUGACCUGGCAGUCUUGAGAAUUGCAGUGUAUGAUGACAACAACAAGCUGAUUGGCCAGAGGAUUCUGCCACUGGAUGGCCUCCAGGCAGGCUAUCGACACAUUUCUCUUCGAAAUGAGGGAAAUAAACCUUUAUCACUGCCAACAAUUUUCUGCAAUAUUGUUCUUAAAACAUAUGUGCCUGAUGGAUUUGGAGAUAUUGUGGAUGCUUUAUCAGAUCCAAAGAAAUUUCUUUCCAUUACGGAAAAGAGAGCAGACCAAAUGAGAGCUAUGGGCAUUGAAACCAGUGACAUUGCCGACGUACCCAGUGACACGUCGAAGAAUGACAAGAAAGGGAAAGCCAACACGGCGAAAGCAAGUGUGACCCCUCAGAGCAGCUCAGAGCUCAGGCCCACCACCACGGCUGCCCUGGGAGCUGGCCUGGAGGCCAAGAAAGGUAUUGAACUGAUCCCUCAAGUGAGGAUAGAAGAUUUAAAGCAGAUGAAGGCUUACUUGAAGCAUUUAAAGAAACAACAGAAGGAGCUCAAUUCUUUAAAGAAGAAACAUGCAAAGCCUCAAACCAAGGCACAGCCUGCAGAGCUGGACUUGAGUGAUGAACCUCUGAGUCACUUCAAAUACGAAGAUGCAAAGAGUGCAGCCUGGAACUCUGUCAUCUCUUUAAUGGAGCACAGUACCAUGCAGAAGCUACAUUGCACACAAGUUGACAAAAUUGUGGCGCAGUAUGACAAGGAGAAGUCAACUCAUGAGAAAAUCCUAGAGAAGGCAAUGAAGAAGAAGGGGGGAAGUAAUUGUCUCGAAAUGAAGAAAGAAACAGAAAUUAAAAUUCAGACGCUGACAUCAGAUCACAAAUCUAAGGUCAAGGAGAUCGUGGCGCAGCACACAAAAGAGUGGUCAGACAUGAUUAACACCCACAGUGUGGAGGAGCAGGAGAUCCGGGACCUGCACCUCAGCCAGCAGUGCGAGCUGCUCAAAAAGCUCCUGAUCAACGCCCACGAGCAGCAGACCCAGCAGUUGAAACUGUCCCAUGACAGGGAAAGCAAGGAAAUGCGAGCACACCAGGCUAAGAUUUCUAUGGAAAAUAGCAAAGCCAUCAGCCAAGAUAAAUCUAUCAAGAAUAAAGCAGAACGGGAAAGGCGGGUCAGAGAGUUAAACAGCAGCAACACUAAAAAGUUUCUGGAAGAAAGAAAACGACUCGCAAUGAAGCAGUCCAAAGAAAUGGACCAGUUGAAAAAAGUCCAGCUUGAGCACCUCGAAUUCCUAGAGAAACAGAACGAGCAGCUUUUGAAAUCCUGUCAUGCAGUGUCCCAAACGCAAGGCGAAGGAGAUGCAGCAGAUGGUGAAAUUGGAAGCCGAGAUGGACCGCAGACCAGCAACAGUUGUGUGAAACUGCAGGAUGCAAACUGAAACCGCAGAACCACCACAUCAAAAGAGCACUCCCAAAGUUCUGAACACAAAUUCCGCGGAAGAAAGCUGAUGUCUUUUGCGUUUCCUUUAUGUGUAGACAAGAUGUCACCUGAAACCACAGACACUUACGUACUUCUCUUAAAUGUUUUGAAUACUGAAUUUCCUUGGCCAACCAAAAGUAGCUACAAAUCCCCAAAAAUUACGAUUCCAAUAAGGCAGAGUUUACUCAUUGAUCACACCACUUAAACAUGUUUGCUAUAAAGUACCAUCACAAAUAAAUGAGCUUGGUGUUAACACCUCUGCUUUGUGAUGCAUUAGGACAUGUUUGAGCAACAGCAAAAAUAGUGUAUUAGCCAUGUGAUAGUAAGUGCAUGCGCUAGGGGGAAAAAAAUCUCUGUCUACAAAUUUAUCAGCAGAAGUGGUGAUCUGCUAGACAAAUAAUUUGGGGGAAUUUUUCUACAUCUAAGUUACCUCAUCAGUAAGUGCCAUGUCUCCACCAUGCCAUAAGAAGCUAACUUCCUGUAACAGUUGUGGAAAUUAUUAGAACAAUAGAAAAAAAUAAAAAAAGAACAGUGUCCCUGUGCCAAAACCCAUCAGUGCUCAAAAGGAGAACUCUGUCAGGCACCUUUAAGAAAGUUGACAUCUGACAUUGCUUUCUAAGAAUUGCUUCUGCCAAUUCCAGAUUAUUACAGCUCACUCUUACACCAUAAAGAUUGUGAAGUGGUUAUUGGCAAACGUUUGUAAAUGUGACCGUGUAUAAAGUAUUUAUACUCCUAAUUCUCACUGUCAGAGAGCAAAAUCAUCUAAGUAUUGCCACAUGACAAGAUUAGUAAACAGGAAUACUAGAACUAUGUUUGCAUGAUACACAAGCACCAAUUAUGACUAAUCCGUACACGGUUAACUAAUGCAAAUAAAUACUGGUUAAGUAAAUGUAUGGCACAGAAUAUAAUUUGACUCUCAAGACUUUUAGCAUAAUGAAGAAGUCUAUAUAUAUGUGUAUAUGAAUUAUGUGGGCAUUCUUGAUACUUCAAGUUCUAGUUUCAAAAAAAAUACAUAACUAAUUUAAUUUUACACAAAAAUAUUUAUGCAGAUUUUCAGAAUUUCAUAUCAGGAAAUAACCUUUUUAUGUCUGUUAAAUAUCAAAACAAUUUGCUACAGUGUUAAUCUGCAUGGUCUUUAAGCCUGCUGUAGUUGUGUUGCAGAGAGUGCAUGAAGAAGUCCCCCCUGGGAAUGGAGCCAUGCCCCAAAGCCCAGAGGAGUGCAUGGAAACCGUAAUCUAGAGCUAAUCAGAUUACUGAUUAUAGGGCACAAACCACUGACUGAAUUGUUGUAUAUGCUUGUACAGAUUGAUUCUGUGUGUUCCUCUGAAUAAAGCAGAGAAAAUUAUGUUACCAUCAAUAUUGAAAUCAAACUUCCAACUUCUCUAAUAAAAAAAUGA